UACACAGACAUUUACACACUUAGGCCAGGAAAGCGCUAACCACGGUCCUGUGACUCCACGCAGGUUCCCAGAAUACGUCUUUUACACUGUUACUGAACCGAUCAACGAACACAGACAAACCUGCCAACACUUAAGUCUACUCGCUGGAUUUCAUCUCCAUGACAACAAGCAUGGAAGUAAACAGGAUGUUAAGAUGAUGUUUCCUCCUGAGUUAAUUGCAAUAUGACAGUCAAUACCAGCACAGAACCCGGCCAAAAGUUGACUGCAGCAGAAAUUUUGAAGAGCCACAAUGAUGUGCCAGUGAAUAAUGAGUAGUACCUACUGUGGCAAUUCUUCAGCUAAGAUGAGUGUCAACGAAGUCUCAGCUUUCUCAUUGACUCUGGAGCAAAAAACUGGCUUUGCUUUUGUUGGAAUUCUGUGCAUCUUCUUGGGACUUCUAAUUAUCAGAUGCUUCAAAAUUCUCUUAGACCCAUAUAGUAGCAUGCCUUCCUCUACAUGGGAAGAUGAAGUUGAAGAGUUUGAUAAAGGGACAUUUGAAUAUGCACUCGCAUGAGUUUCAGCUUUAUGCUUUUCAUGAUUGUGCUAUUGGGACAUGUGGUGGCUACAUUUGUAAUUACCCUGUGUAUGCUGGAGAGAAACUCAUUGCAGUCACUCAAUUCAAUAAACAUCUGUGAUUGAUUUAUCCACCAUGCUGUGUAAAUGAUAAACCACUGUUAGGAUUCCUCACUUUCCUUUGUC